GAGCGGGUGCAUUUCUCCGUAUACCUACACGGCAACUGUGGCUUUCAAAUUCAUGAAACAACGAUUUAUCACAACUCAACUAUUUCCAUGAUUGAAGAUGCAUGCAUGGGAUUCUUCAAAGUUACUGCCACACAUACGUAGAUGUUGAGGGCUUUUCACCAUGUGUCAUGAAAAUUGGUAUUCGUAAAAUUAAACGUUCAGAAAUCUGGGUGAUAAAAACUAUUAGUUUUACUUCGUUACAUACUUUAUGGAUUGAGAAGUAACUCACCAAGUUAAAACCUUACAAAAUAUACAAAUACGAUCGACAUGGUAGUGUGAUUCGGGCGACAUAUGAUUUCUAAGAGUGCUCUAUACUAAUUAAACACCUGCCCCAAUUUUUUAUAUUCGAAAUAAUAUAAAGCACUUUAAUGGCUCACUUCCUACCCAGUACCAAUAGCUCCUUGCGAGCUGCAUGUAUUCUAACAAAACCCAGUCCCAACAAAUCUCAACGGUCACAUUAGGCUGCAAAAGUUCAGCUCACGACACAUAUUUAGAAACAAAAAUGUGUUCCACCUUCUUCCCAUUCGUUGUUGAACACUACUAAUAUUGCCAAAGGAUUUUUAGAUCUUAUCCAUUCCACUUCGAUGCUGAACUGCAACGAUUUAUUUCCAUCAGGAGUCCAUUUGGAGAUAAAAUGAUGAAGUUACUCUAUUUGGUUAUGCUUUCGUAUACGCUGGGCGUCUCAUUUCCACUAUAUUUUGCGCCCAAUUCUCUAGCAAGGAAGUGCCAAGGGUUCGUCUUCUGCGCAAUGUCAUUAUAUUAAUUGGUUGUUGUUGGAAUUAUAAUUUGGACAAGGGUCAAAUUCAAAUGAUCAAUACCUGCUAGGAUUACGAGUCUAAUAUUCUAGAAGGUCGGUUCAAUUCUGUUUUGUAGAAUUUUACUUAAUUCCACCAUUUUCAAGUGGUCAUCCUCAAUUUCGAUGAAUAUUAUAUACAAGCUAUGCGGCAAAACCGCUGAAAAUUUCUAUUUUUUCAUACCAAAUAUGAGUUAUGGAUUUUAAUUUUAGAAAUCGCGCCAUAUCUUAAAAACCAAGGCUUAUUUCGAAAAAGUCAAUCAGUCGAGGGCACUAGCCGGGACCUUCCCCAAUACGAUCCCGUUUAGUUUAGGUUACCAAAAUGUAUCGUCUAGGCUGUAGCUCAGUGGAGAAAUUGGUAGCCGAAAUUGCAAAAUUUUUCGGAAAUUUGAACUUACCGCCUGUACCUAGCAUUAUUUCGAAAAAAUUUUCGAGUAAAUAUUAUAGAUAAUGCGGUUAUGAACAUAUUUGCUAUUACAUACAACUUUGUGUUAUGCACCCAAUUCAUUCAGCGAAACAUUUAUGAUUUCGAAACCGAAAAAUCGGUUUUUAUUGAAUUUCUUGAAAAUGGUUCAAGAUACCAUGAAUUAGAAAAAAGUCAUUUUAAAACUUUUCGAGAGGCAUCUAAUGCACUUUACGGCAUCUCUUUACGCCCAACCGUUUUUUUGUACGAGCCCCCGACAUUUCCCAUAAGAGUGCCUGACAACAUACUAUAUGUUCCACAUAUAGCGCCAAAUGUCUCAGGUUGCCCCGACAUUUGAGCUUAUGGUGGAAAAAAUAGAAAAACAAAUUUAUUUUCUCAAAGGCGUCCAGAAACUGCAAACCUCUACACAACUCAAAGCAACCCUUGCAUUUUUCUACCUACUGAAACAAAACUACUACAUGGUCCCAUUGGCAGUCCUCGGCUUGAUUCUAUUUGAGCCUUGCACUCCGCCCUUCAUUCUGUCAAUGACGACCAGCUGUUCGGAAAUACGGUGGAACUGGUGCACCAUGUUGAUCCCCCUUCUGGAAACCUACAUCGGUUUUUGCUUCUUCUAUAUAGGAACUGCACCCUUGGCGUACAAUUUUUGCGGCGGAAUAAGCUCGCUCUUGAGUUAUAUUCAGCUACUCGAUACGUAAGAUCCGUAACCGGAAAAAUAUUUGCAUUAUGGGCAUACCUCCGUACGCCUCCCAAUGAAAACUUCCGAACUGUCUUGAACAAGGGUUUCAAUCUGUAGCAAGGUGUGCGAAAUGCAUGAGUUAAUGACAUAUGUAAAUAUGUUUGCACUCGUAAAUUCCUUAAGCCGUUAAGUCAUAUACUCAGUGUGCACAUCUUGGUAUAGGUCGUAAUCCUUCGUAAUUCGAUGGACCCUUUAAUAUUUUUCGUUUUUUAAACAAUGUUAUUAUGACGUGGUACUAAAAUCCCGUUUUUUAUAUUCAAGAAAAAUAUUGAAGGCCAAAUCCACUGCAGAGAAGGAAUCGUGCCUCCUGAAUUACCGUAUGAUUCAACUACUCGAGAAAGUGAUGAAUGCAUUUCUUAUGGAAAAGAUCGUACCUUUCAUCAUUUGUGGGGCCCCACUGCUGCAAAUUGGGGUGCAAUAUGUGGUGAUUACUAUGCAUGGGGAAAUUGCGAUGCCGAUCUUUCUCAUCUUCCCCGUAAUUCUGGUGGACACGAUACUAAACAAUAUUCUCAUUUUCACACUGGCAUCAUGGGUGUUCAAUUCGUCGGUCAAAUCACUUCAGAAGCUGAACAGGACGACAGUGAAGUAUUUUAGGCGGUCAGUGGUACGACGUAAGCCGACAUCAUGUGGAUUGGUUAAAAUCAAGCUUGGAACGAAUUUCAUCGACAGAAGGACACCACUGGUAAUACAAAAUCUUUGCCUGAAUCAGACCAUGUCUCUGAUUCUGAUAAAGGAAGGGAGAAGAAACAUUCUGGCCUAGUUCAAGCUACCGGUUAAAUAAUUUGUAGUAGCAUUAAGAUAAUAAUUAUAAUGUCUAGAAUAGUCUUAUACCUACAUUUGCAUGGCAUCCAACUACAUACUAAUACAUAUGUAGGCUAACCGUUUUUAGGGCGGUUUAUGUAUAUAUAAACUGGGCGAAUUAAAAAUGGCUCGCUAACACUUGCAAACACUUUUGCAAAGGAAAAAGCUUCUACAUACAUAAAUAAAAUUGCUUACAUAGGAGGAUAUGGAAUUAGGAUUUUUGUUAAUCAUUGAGUCCAGUAGAUACUUAAACUGAUGGACCAUACUGCAAAAAUUCUUAAAAUUGUGAGUUUCAGAAGCAAUACUGCGCUAACGAAUGCCAACAUAUGAACAAUUUUUCCUUCCUUACGCUAAACUUACUUAAACUUGAAUGCAUGCGUAUUUUCAGUUUUGGAUAACUUUUAAGUAUCUAUGUAGAUUAAUUAAUUUUAAUUUUUAAUUAAUUUAUUAUUAAUUUCUUAAUUUUUUCCAGCUACAUAGAUACAUAUGCAUAUUUAGAGUUCAAUAUUGUAUCUUUUCCACCUAUACUUAUACGAAAACGAUCAAAACGGGAUCUGGAUUAAUUUUUGCACAACAUGAUAAGGUUGUAAAUAUGUAUGUACAUAUGUAUGUACUUAUUUUCUCACUUUUAAAUGUAUUAUUUUGCCCCAAUUAUUAGCUCACCCUGCGUAGCUUUUUAGGAAUUUACUGGCCCAGAGUAAGUCUCACCGACCUGGAAUUUAAUUGUCACCAGAGCUAAUAAAUUCAUCACAAGUUGGUGACAAAUGCAACCACGGCGGUAGAGUCACAUACGUUUUUGGUUAUAAUCGUUACCCUAUUUCUAAGAAUGUACGUUAAAUCGAUUGUUAUUGCUCGCCUCAUUUUACAUGCAUAUGAUGCUUUGCAGGCAAAGUCUAAUCUUCCUCUUGCACUUACUGCGUGGAAUUGUUUGUCGGUGUUUUUAUACAUACAGGUCUGGACAUGGUAAUUAAUUCCUAUUCAAAUACAAAAACGUCCUCGUUGAGAAAAUAAUUGUUUGUCUGCAUUUUAAUACUUGGUGAUACAAUUCUAACCUCACAAUUGUUUAGUAAUUAAACAAUACCAACGCAGGAUGUUCCUCGUUAAAGAAAAAAUAAUAGAGGGAGGAAGCACCCAUCUCCGCAUCCUUUUUAGUUAUAUUUCAGACAUCUAUAAAUGGCGUUGUUGAUGAGGAUUUUUUAACCAACUUAAAAUUAACGAUAAAAAUUAAGAAAUUUGACAUUUUGAUAAAAUCAAAUUGCUGGCUAAAAUUCCAACAAAUUAAGCGCCAUGGCCAAAAUUUUUGUCCUCAGUUGUGUUAAAGAUUUGAGUAAAAUCUCUAAAUUUUACGCAAUUUUGUACUUAAUUUCCCAGUAUCCACUUUCCCAGUGUGACAAGACCGUACUGACGCCUAACGAUAUCUCCACGAGGCCAAUAACGAUCGCCUCAUACGGUCCGGAUGUCGCCCGAGCCAAGAAAUACGUCUACUUAUCCGGGGCCGCCUACUGUUUCGACAUUCCCGCCUGGACGUGUCCGUACUGUGAGAAAUCGCACAGGUUCGGGUAUGAAUUCCACUCGCUAAUUGUCAACAAGGAGGCCAACACGUUGGCUUUUAUCGCGGUUAACAAGAAGCUCAAGGAGAUCGUGGUUACGAUUCGAGGAACGCUAAAUGUCGCGAAUGUGGUGCUGGACAUUCACCCCUCCAUAUUGAGCAUUGAGACGGGGUCUAGUCCUCUCGAGAGGGGUAAAAGCAAAGGACCCGAGAUAAGGAUCCAUACAGGAAUGAUUAACGCGACAAACUCUCUCUACCCAGAAAUUGUACAAAAAUUGGGCAAGGUGUUGAAAGAAAAUGAGGACUUUGAGGUGGUUGUGAUCGGUCAUAGCCUCGGCGCAGCUGCAGCGGCUCUGACCCUUUUCCUGCUAAAAGAAGAAAUCCGACUCCCCGCAGAUUUUCCUGUACCGAAAUCCUACGCCUAUUUCGGUUACGGCACUCCCCGCGUGGGAAACCAGGCCUACGCGGACUACUGGAACGGUCAGCCAAUGCAAAUUACCCGGGUCAUAAAUAAAGCCGAUUUCGCCGCGUAUACGCCCCCUUCCCUUGGUGGGUAUGUCCAUCACGGCAAUGAAUUAUGGCUUUCGCCGACCGGGGAAGAAAAAGUUUGCUCCAAAACGGUUUACGAAGAUCCAAAUUGUGCCAAUUCCGUCGCCUCAAUGUCGAAUCUGCCAGACCAUUUGCAAUAUUGGGAUGUCGCGUAUUUAUCGUGCGCUGGAGCAGAUCCGUUCUCCACGGCGGGACAAUUCGUCAUUCCUGUGGUUUGAUGAGAAGGAUGAAAUUUGUAGAGGAAAUUGGAUAAGCAAAUUGUGUUGAAUUUGGUGUCAGGUUAUAUUAAAUCUAGUGAGAACUUUUGUUGAAUUUCUGUGUAAUAAGUGAAUAAAUAUUU